CCGGGCGGCUCCGGGCGCCGCGCGCACACACACACACACAUACAAACACACACACACACACACACCGGGCCGGCUCCCGAGGGCGCCAGCGCGGCCCCGGGGAGCGCGAGCUGGGGGAGCGCGCGGCCUGCGGUCAGCGGCCCAGCGGCCGGAAAGAUGGUGUCCUGGAUGAUCUCCCGAGCCGUGGUGCUGGUGUUUGGAAUGCUCUAUCCGGCAUACUAUUCCUACAAAGCUGUGAAGACGAAAAAUGUCAAGGAAUAUGUCCGCUGGAUGAUGUACUGGAUUGUCUUUGCCCUCUAUACUGUGAUUGAAACAGUGGCCGAUCAGACACUUGCAUGGUUUCCCCUGUACUAUGAGCUGAAGAUUGCCUUUGUCAUCUGGCUGCUCUCACCCUACACCAGAGGAGCGAGUUUAAUAUAUAGAAAGUUCCUUCAUCCUCUUCUUUCUUCAAAGGAAAGGGAAAUUGACGAUUACAUUGUCCAAGCUAAGGAAAGAGGCUAUGAGACGAUGGUUAACUUCGGGCGUCAAGGUUUGAAUUUGGCGGCUGCAGCCGCGGUCACAGCAGCAGUGAAGAGCCAAGGAGCCAUAACGGAGCGUUUGCGGAGUUUCAGCAUGCAUGAUUUGACAGCUAUCCAAGGGGAUGAGCCUGUGGGACAGAGACCCUACCAGACUUUGCCAGAAGCAAAGAGGAAGAGCAAACAAGCCACUGAGCCAAUGGCCUAUGGAAUUCCACUGAAAGACGGAGGUGAGCAAACCGAUGAAGAAGCGGAGGGGCCAUUCUCGGACGACGAGAUGGUGACUCACAAGGGGCUGCGGCGAUCCCAGAGCAUGAAGUCUGUCAAGACCAUCAAAGGCCGCAAAGAGGUGCGGUAUGGUUCGCUAAAAUAUAAAGUGAAGAAGAGACCACAGGUGUAUUUUUAGCAUCUACACCUCACUUAUCUCAAGACAAAUAAUGCUAACAAACCAACUUCAUUUUCUAACUCAAAUGUAUUCAGGACUUACACUUUAAAUCUUCCGAUUGUGGCGAUGAUGGGAUUUACUUUAAUAACAUUAAAUAGUUUGUUUCUUUAACAAUUACUUUUAGAUAUCAACUGCUAAAUGUAGUUGUGUAAAGUUUAUUAAUGUGCAUGUAUAUAACAACAGUUACAGAGAAUCAUGUUAUCUGAUUCCAUCAGCAACAUUGAGUGUCUGGGAUCUAAGGGUAAAACAUAGACCCAGGGUAUACUUGAAAAGUCUCUGCUUCAGGAUACACCUUGCCCUUCUGGUGUCGCAUUGUGUUUACGCCCAUCCGUGCCACCCACAUCUGUCACAGGAGAGUGGUGACAGCCACUGAGCAGCCAGUGUUGUGACAAAGACAUACUGUAAGGUGGUGACAUGUCCCUUACAUAAGCCUUGGAAGCUUUCCACCAUGAGCUGAAAGGUUUUGAAACAGAUAUUUGAAAACCAGGUGUCCACAUAGCACUUUCCUGACUGGUUUUGCACACUUGAAAAUUGUUUACUUAUUUUACGACUGUACAUUUACUUUAAAUUUUAUCGAUGCUGUCUUUUUUGUUGUCUGUGAUAUUCUGACAUGUCAAAAUUACGCCUUGAAAUGCAUCAUCUCCUUUUCCUACUCAUUUGUUUCAUUUGUUAAAUUCAUUUGAUUUAUAGUAGGGACACAUAGCUAACUCUUAUUAAAUUUUUACUUUUUGUUUUGCUUUUUGAGAUAAGGUCUCUUGUGGCCCAAGGGUGGCCUUGAACUCCUGAUUCUCUUCCUGCUUCCACCUCACAGUUGCUGGGAUGACAGGUGUAUAUUAUCACACCUGACUAAUUUUAACUGUUUUUUAAUUAUAUUCUUAACAUCUAAGAAGUGAUUAACACUAAUCAGUUUCCAUAGUUGAAUGUGAUGUGUUUUUAUCAACAACAAUUACGUUAUUUUAGGUUUUAAAAAAUAGCUUUUGCAGAAGAGAGUCAAGACCAGUGUAGCACUUAGUGUUUUCUUUUUUAGGGUUUUUUUGUUUUGUUUUUUUUGUUUUGUUUUGGGGGCAGGGUUAGAGACAGGGUUUCUUUGUGUAGUCUUGGUUAUCUUGGAACUACUAGCUCUGUAGACCAGGAUGCUUCGAACUCACAGAGAUCCACCUGCCUCUGCCUCCCGAGUGCUGGGAUUAAAGGUGUGUGCACGACUACACUCAGUGUUUUCUGACUCAUGAACUGCCCAGUGACCACACCUCAUUCUCAAGCUUGGCAGAGGCAGAUGCUGCCUUACAGACCUGGCGGUGACUGAAGUCAUCUGAAUCUUUUUCUGACUGAGUUUAUUCCCUAAAGAUGAGUGUCAGGAUAAAGCACAAGGAUAGUUGAUGCUACGUAGCACAGGCUCCCAGACAAAGACCGCCUUUUAGUGUAAGAGAUUUAGAGGGAUUGAACUCGGAGGCUCUUUGGAUUUGCCCUACUAACUGCAUUGUGAACCCUAAAUCAGUGUGUCUGGGGUGAUGGAUAACCAAAACUUCAAUAAUCAAACAAAAUUUACCUGGGAGUGUCUGAGUGUCAUUCAUACAUGACCUCUAGAUGCUACUCUGAAUAUCUCCAAACUGUCUCACAUUCUUAAUAUUGAGCACCAAAUAAAAAUUCAAUUAUUUUCCCCAAAUUUAAUCUUGUAUCUCCAUCUGCUUUGCUUUGACUCAUACCCUCUUUGUUUCUAGAAGAAUUCUUCAACUUCUGUUCAGACAUCUAUCAUAAAUUAUUGGAAAGAGUGUUAUUUAUUUUGCCUGGCCCUGUCCUGCUCUGUACAAAGGCCAUGCUGCGUGCUUGGUUUCCCGGACAGAGGCAGUGUUACCUGAUAAGACAACUGGAUAAGUAAGUUACUCUGUCUCCAUGGGGACUGAUUGACACCAUAUUAUCUUCUAGAAAUCCAGUUUCUGUAUUACACCUGCCCUUUGGAGCUACUGAUAGGUGCCAUGCUUGACAUAGGCAAGACCCUGAGUUCAAUCCCUGAAUCAAAAAAGAAAAUUGGUUAAAACAAACUUACCCAUCUUUUAAGGAAUUCAUAUACUAUUUGGUUUUUUGUUUUGUUUUAAGUUGUUUUGUGUGGAGCCCUGGCUGUCCUGGAACUCACUCUGUAGACCAGGCUGGCCUCAGGCUCACAAAGAUCCACCUGCCGCUGCCUCCCAGGUGCUGACAUUAAAGGUGUGUGCCACCAUGCCCAGCUUGUUUUGUUUUGAGACAAGGUCUCACUCUAGCCGGCCUGAAACUCACUAGGUAGCCCAGGCUAGCCUCAAAUUUGUGGACACUCAUCAUGCUUCAGCCUUCUAAGUGCUGGGAUUUCAGGUGUGUACCACCAUGCCCUGUUUCAUGGACUUUUUACAUUGGGAGAAUUAUUAAUUGGGAGAAUCAAAAUGCCCAAACAAAGAUACCACCUGACUCAGAACUAACGCUUGCUGUCCUGUUCUGUUCUCAUCCCCGGCCCAUGCUUCGGCAUAUCCCUGAUGGUGACAUACUUAAUAAACUUGAUGUCAUCUGUCCCCACAAUCGUAUGUCAUAGCAGGGUCCUUUUCUUUUAACUUUAUAUACGGAGAAAUAAAGGGCUUUUUUGUUUUGUUUUGUUUCUUUUAAGGUGGAGCAGGUCAUGUCGUUAGUUUCUCUGCUUUUGAGGCUGCUGAUUUUUUUAAGAGUUGUAAAUUUAUUCAUAGACCACAGUGCCUUGACUUACCCCACUGCCGAUUGGGGCACCAGCAUGCAAUGCACAAACCUGUUUAGGGCACUGUUUGUCUGCCUUUUGGCGUUUAUCCAAAAAUUAUAGCCUACUAGUAUUUUAUCUGACUAGCCAGUCAUUCUGUGGGAUCACUAAUACUUAACUAUUCCCCAUAUUUAACUAUUGUUUAGGCAUAAGAAUUGAUAUAGUCUAUGUGUCUCUCUCUUUUCUUUUUUCCUUUCUGGUAUUGAAAGGAGCCACAAGUACAGCCGGAGAGAUAGCUCAGUGUUUUAAGAAUGCAUACUGCUCUUACAAAGGACCCAGGUUCAGUCAUUAGCACCUCUACCUGGUAGGUAGUUCACAACUGCCUGCAACUGUAGCUCCAGGGAAAACGAUACUCUUCUGACUUCCAGGCACAUCUGCAUGCGUGUGAACAUACUGAUACACAGAUAUACAGACGUACGCAUAAUUUAAAAUAAAAAAAAAUCUGUGAAAAACAAAAAGGAACCAACAAUAAGCUCAUUGCUAAAUGAGCAAUUAUAUAAACCCACCUCACUCCCCAACCAGACCCCGUCCACACAUAUCACUGUGUGUUUUAGAUGGCUAAAACAACGAGAUCCUACCGCCACUGCUGGUAAGAAACACUUCACUACAUGGAUGGAGCAGAGCUAUCUACUCACGGGUUUUCAGGGAUCUCAUUCCGUGUGUCACCACCAAAGACUUCCACAGUGUUAUGAAGCAUGUAAAUACUCUAAAAUUCUGUCAAACAUUGGCUAAAUGCAUCCUCUUUCUUUUCUGUACUUUUGGGGAGACGCCUGAACCUUUAUGGUAUUACUAUAAUGUCUUAUAUUAACUGUAAGUGUUUUUUUUUUUCAUUGUAAUGGGCUAAUUUUUCAUUGAAUAUCUUUCAUUGGGGAAACUAAGAUCUCAGUAGAUCUAAAUAUAGAAAUCUAAAUACAGAUUCCAAAGCUGUUUCCUCUGUCCUCUCCUUUUUAGGUUGACUUAUUUGUGAAAUAGGCAAAUUUUGAGAAGAUUGUGGCUUUAUGGUUUGUAGUAUUUCUUAAGAAAUAUACCCUAAGGUUAAAGUUCUUGGAAAAGAAAAUACCUUUUUUCCCUAAGAACUUUUAAGACGUAGUCUUUUAGGGGUGCUCUGCAGAUUGACCCUUUUUGAAUAUUGUAUAUCAGCCCUUUUUGAGUGUUGACCCUGACUUAACAUUUUUUUCUUCUAAUAUUUUUUUAUCUCUGUGUACUUUAAUACUUUAAGCAAGAAUAACUUUAUAAGAUCUCUUUGUUAAAAGCUAUCCUUAAGCCCCCGUACGUGGGUGACUCUGCAAGUGUAUUUUGCGAAUUUUUACAAUAAAGUAAACUCAUUACAUUA